AAGGUAACACACCGGAAGUUACGCCGUUGGUUGGCGCGAAUAAGGAACAAUAACAACAACAAAGCGGAUCUUCUUAAUUUAAUCAAGCUAUUAUCAUUAAAUUAUUAGCUAUAUAUGUAUAUUUAUUUCUUUAAACGCUGUGGGAACAUCUCGUUUAUGAUAAUAUGAACACUAAUAAUCUGAAAUAUUGUUUAUCUUUAUAACUUUGGCUUGUUUUAAUGUUAGUUAGCUAGAUAACCAGUGAGUCAGCUAACAGGCUCUCUCUGAAACUGACAGUAGCGUUAAAUAAACUGCUUUAUCUCAAGUAGUUUCUUAUUGACAAGCCAUACUAACGUUAAGAUAGUUCCCAAUGACUAGUUAGAGUUCAUAUUAAUUACUGUCAGAGUAGAAAAAGCCUCUUUAUUCUUCUGACAGUCCAUCAAAGAGGAGGAAGUUACAGGUUGAACAUGUCCAAAGGAGACACGGAAGGCUUCAUUGUGAAGUUUGUGGAAAGUAAUGGACUAAAAACAGAGUAUGCUGUCAAGGCUUAUGAGGCCAUCUUGGAGCUGCAGUCUGACAAGUAUUUGAAAACCAUCGAUGAAGAUGCUGUUUUACAGAUGGACCAGAAGGACAAGUCUCUGUUUGUCUUCAGCAGCUUCACCACCCCGGCCUUUUUGCACUGCAAAAAGCUUGGCUGCCGAGUGGUGAGUCCACUGGUGGUGUUGUACUGCCUGCAGCAGCAGCAUUGUGUCCCCAAAGCAGAGAUGCCCGUCUAUAACAUGACCAUGGCUGACAUCACUAUUUCUUGCACCAGCCUGGAUAAAGCAACACGGACAGAGGUGAUGGAUCUGGUGCAACUCAUGGGUGGACGGGUCUAUCUUGAUCUAAAUGUCUCUGUCACACACUUGAUAGCCGGAGAGGUGGGCAGCAAGAAAUACCUGGUAGCUUCCAGCCUGGGUAAACCCAUCCUGCUGCCCACAUGGGUCAACACCUGCUGGGAGAAAUCUCAGGACAGUCUUUUCAGAUAUACAGAUCUACCCAUUGAGGACUAUGUGUGUCCUGUGCUGCGUGGCUGCACUGUUUGUGUGACCGGCCUCUCCAGCACAGAGCGUAAAGAGGUGCAGCGGCUCUGUGAUCAGCAUGGAGCCAACUACACUGGUCAGCUCAAAAUGAAUGAGUGCACACACCUCAUUGUCAGUGAGCCAACCGGUCAGAAGUACGAGUGUGCAAGGAAGUGGAAUGUGUAUUGCGUGUCUCUGCACUGGCUGUUUGACAGCAUAGAAAAGGGCUUCUGUCAAGACGAGAGCAGGUACACUGUGGAGCGUAACUCAAAGACCAGUCGACCGCACACUUCCACCCCCACUGGCACCAACAAGAAGGAGGAGGGUCCAUCUCUGUUGGGCUUGAGCCACAUCUCUGUGAAUGCUAGCAUGACAAUAAAUGACACAGCUCUCACCAACGGCACCAUCAGCCGCCUGGAAGCUCCAGACACCAUAGAUACUCUGGAUCUCACCGUCUGCCCAGCUGAUGAUAUACUGGAUGGUUGUAAGCUGUAUCUGUGUGGCCUGCCAGGGAAGAAACUGGAGAAGCUGCGGCGUCUCGUGAACGCUGCAGGAGGUCUGCGCUUCAACCAGCCCAGUGAGGAACUCACACAUGUGGUCAUGGGAGAGCUGGACCAGGACCUCAAGAACUUUCUCUUCAAAGCAACACACAGACCUCAUGUAGUAACAGUGCAGUGGCUGCUGGACAGUUUCAACAAAGGCAGUCUCCUCCCAGAAGCGAGUUACCUCCACCCUGACUGUCUGCCUCCGGCUCCGGCUGCUGUAUCUGUGGCUGCCCGUCACACACCCGCCUCCCGGCACUCAGCUGGUCCCCCUGUGGCCAGUCCCAGCACCCCCAGGCACACGAGAGCAGAGGAAGAUCUGCUCUCUCAGUACAUGGAUGAUGACCCUACUGUAGUGGACAUGCCCCCACCAGCAGAGGUCAACAGCAGGAAGUCCAUCAGUACAUUUGCUGAACCCUGGGCACCAAACCACACCAGAGGACCAAAGCCAGACUCAACCCUGCAGGAAGCCAGCAAGGCAGGCCUGUUUUCCGGGAAAUGUUUCCUUCUUGUGGGCUUUGGCGCUGAGUCGGAGGCCCAGCUCUCGCUACUGGUGACAGAAAAUGGAGGCAGGAUGCUGAUGGGCCGUACACGUGUGGUGGCAGACUAUGCAGUGGUCCCACUGUUGGGCUGUUCAGUGGAGGCCACAGUGGAUGAGGUGGUCACUGAUACCUGGCUGGCCAUGUGUGUGGAGAAGGAGUGUGUUCUGCAGCUGUCCUCCAACCCUCUGUUCACACCAGUUCCUGUGAUGGACGAACGUUUUCCUCUCAAAGAUUGCGUUCUGUCUGUCAGCCAGUUCACCGGAGCAGAGAGGGAGUCUUUGGUGGAGCUGGCCAAGCACCUCGGAGCCAAUGUCCAGGAUUACUUUGUGCGCUUGGCCAACCAGAAGAAAGGGAUGCUGGCCAGCUCUCAUCUGGUGCUGCAGAGCCCCGACGGCACAAAGUACCAGGCGGCAAAGAAGUGGGGGCUUCCAGCCGUCACCAUGCGCUGGAUACUAGAGUCUGCUCGGACCGGCCAGAGGGCAGAGGAGGGACGCUUUCUAGUCGACCUGCCACCCUCGCCAGAGAGGGAUGACGAGAGUUUUGUCGGCGGUUCCCAGAAGCCUUCCAUGCCUCCACCAGCACGCUCAUCUCCAGAGAUCCCUCUGCUGGGUCUCCAGAGCGGUAAGGCCGUCACCCCGCUGGAUUUGGGUCGCUUCCGGAGCAAAGUGUUCCGCUCCGUGUUGGACGAGAAGAAGCCCAAAGAGGGUUUCAGCACCCCCAAACAAAACCAGGAGGGCGGCAGAAGGAACCCCCUUCAGAAGGAAGCCUCCCUGCAGCUGGACACUCCCUCCCGUUUCCUCAACAGAGACCAGCUGUUCAGACCCUCCUUCAAUGUUAAGGAUGCACUAGGAGCACUGGAGACUCCAGGAGGAAGAUCCAAACCAGGAGAGAGACCGGAGACUCCACUGACUGAAGUCAUCAACAGGAACCUGAAGGUGGCUCUCGCCAAUAGCGCCUCAGAUAUGCAAGCCAUGUCUGCUAGCCCCCAAUUUACCAAGACGACUGAGAAGGAGGUCCCAGAAAAAGAAGCCAGCCCUCUGACUGGUGUUGUCGUCUGUGUGGGAAAGAAACUGAGCAAAAUGCAGAGUGAACUGAAUGCCAUCGCUGCCUCGCUUGGAGCUGACUUCAGGUGGGCUUGUGACGAUACAGUGACACACUACAUCUACCAGGGCCGUGUCGGGGACAACACCCGGGAAUACAGAGGAGUGAAGGAGAGAGGACUGCAUGUGGUCUCCCAGUACUGGCUGCAGGCUUGUGCUGAGGAGCAGAAGCAUGUCUCCGAGUCUCUGUAUCCUUUCACCUACAACCCCAAGAUGAGUCUAACCCUCAGCCAGGUGCCCAACAGCACCCAGAGGUCUCCACCUUUUACACGAACCCAACUCAAAGACAUCACUGAGGUAAAGGACGACAAGUGUGAACACACAGAGGAAGCCACAACAUUACGCCGUGUUAGCGAUGGAAGCGUAGAUCAAGAAGAGAUGAAUGAUAGAAGUGGUAUUUCAGAGACUCUAGAAAUGAGAGAGAACCUGCAAAGACAACUCCAGGAGAUCAUGUCGGCCACCAAGCUGACGACAGGGAGGCGUACCUCAGUCAGGCUCAGCAGGAUGGGAUCGGGAGGGGCCGACUCGAGCCCCCACACACCUGACGGGAGCCGGGUCGGACGCUGCGGGAGCAGACGUACUCUGGAAGCUCUGAGGGUUCCCAGAGAAGCGGCUCUGGACAUAAACACAGAGCCGUCUCAGAGUGAACAGAUAGUUUGGGAUGACCCUACAGCCAGAGAGGAGAGGGCCAAGCUGGCUGAUAAUUUACAGUGGCCUGGUAGCCCCUCACAAUACUCUGAGCCCCUCGCACCUCCUCCUCCUGCAGAAAACGGCGCUCAGUUCAGGGACUCCAUGACGGACUCUGAGCUGGUGGAGAUGGCUGCUUGUGACGUCAUCGACCAGCACAUGGGCCAGAGAGUCACAACGGCUCCAACAGAGGAGCGAGAAAACGACAUCCUCACUCCUAAAGCCCCCAGCAUCGCCUUCCCUCUGGCCAACCCCCCGGUAGCACCGGAGCCACAGGAGGAGCGUGAGGAAGAAAAGCAGCCACCCAGAUUCCAGCUGUCCUCCCUCAGCCCUCAGGAACGCAUUGAUUACAGUCACCUCAUAGAGGAGCUUGGCGGUGUCGUCCUGGACAAGCAGUCUUUUGACCCCAGCUGCUCCCACAUCAUCGUAGGGACUCCUCUGCGCAACGAGAAGUACCUGGCAGCGAUGGCGGCGGGCAAAUGGAUCCUGCACCGCUCGUACCUGGAGGCCUGUCGCUCUGUGGAUCGCUUCAUCCAGGAGGAUGAGUACGAGUGGGGCAGUAGCUCCAUUCUGGAUGCGUUGCCCUCCAUCACCUCCCAGCAGAGGAGACUGGCGUUGGCGGCCAUGCGCUGGAGAAAAACCCUGCAGCGACGCUCUGAGCAAGAGGGAGCCUUCAGUGGAUGGACGGUGAUGCUGAACAUCGACCAGAACAGAGAAUCAGGCUUCAGGCGGUUACUGCAGUCUGGCAGAGCCAAGGUGCUGCCGAGUCCCUCCCCGUCCUUGUACAAGGAGGCAACUCACCUUUUUGCAGACUUCAGCCGGCUGAAGCCCGGAGACUUCAGAGUCGACGUGUCGGCGGCUUCCUCCCAAGGAGUCACAUGCUUGAAGCCAGAGUACAUCGCAGACUACCUCAUGCAGGAGCCGACCCCGCCUAUCGAGCUGUACUACCUGGCUGAAGCUCCCUCUGAAGAAGCUCCAGGCACUCCGUCACGUAAGCGCAAAGCAGCAGCCGAGACCUCCAGGCUGAAGAAAACACGUCUCAACUGAAAUGUCACCCCCUACCUAAAUAUUAUCACUAAAACAUUCCCAUAUCUGUGAAAAUGAUUGUAAAUAAGAUUUGUUUUGUAUCUAUGAUAUUAAAAAAUAAAGUGUAGCAUUUGUUUUGGUCA